AUGAUUCUUCAAUUAUAAAUUUACUUAGAUAACUUCCUGAUUGGUUCUUCUCCUGUAAAUAAAACCUUCUCCCAUCAUACUAACUAUGUGACUAGUUUCUAGCCAUAUGAUGUCAAUCAUAAGUACAACAAACUGCGAUUCAUCUAAAAACAUGAGGAUGACUCGCUUUCUAAACUCUUAAGAAGCAACGUGGAUACAAACCUCAGUACCGAUUAGAUAGACCAUAAUAAUUAAAUGUAUGCAACUAGCUUUAACAAAAGAGGUUUGCUUCACUAGGGCAAGCUCUAGAAUCUGUAUGCCGAGCCAAUAAACUAAUCUGAAACUGAUGUAUUUAAAAUGAAGUCAAGAAUCAGAUCUAAUAAUCCAAACUACAUUGUUGGCAAAUCGAUGGUUGAACUAAGGCAAACAUCUCGCUAGCAUUAAUACCCUAAGUAGCCGUAGCAUCAGGCAAUUAAUAGAACAAAUAAAAAUUACAGGUAGUUAAAUGCCAGGUCACAAUCAUUUAGGGUUAAUGAUGUUACUGGACUCAAUAGCCGAAAUAUCCUAUUAAAUUAGUUAAAAUAAAGUGGUCAUACUGGAGGAGAAGAGGGCAAAGUUGAGCCUCUAGUAUCUUUUGCUGAUAUGGAAUUGGUGAGCAAAGAGCAAGAGAAGCUCCAUCAACACUCCCAUGCAGACAGCUAUUUGCCGAUAAUAUAAGGCGAUCUAAAUCUCUCAAGGCAUCAUUUAGGCACCUUUUAUACUACAUAUUCAUCAAAGCUCUAAAAUAAAAAGAAAUCACAUACUGAAGGUGCCUUUAGAUAAACUGAGGACUAGAAUAAUAUUUCUUAAUAUGAGGAGUUGUAGCAGAGGAGUAUAAUAAAGUACGGGGAAUCUAAGUAUCAUAGCAACAUUAUCGAUCCUCAACACCCACUUAUCGGGUUUUAAGACCAACUUGAUAUGGAUAUUAGUGUUGAUGAGGCAAAAGUAGAUUUUCAAAAGACAUAGACUCUGAGCUUUAGAAAAAGAAACGAAGACAAAAAGUAGCAAACCUAAGAUCAUAGAGAAGUUUAUAACUUUAAGAACCAGCCCUCUAAAAAGCAUCUAAACAAGCACUAAGAGAAAAGUCUUUAGCCAAAGCACAUCUAUGGGAACGCAACUAAUCUGAAUAAGAUUUAUAUCGAUAAAUACUAGGCCUCUUAGAUAAGCACUGACCGUAGUAAGAUGUUUGAUUCAAAGAAAGUAAGCACUAUGAAAAUGGAAUCUCGAACCUCAGACAUUUCAAUGAAACUUCAAAACCUUAGCAAGAUUAACCCAAAUAGAGACAAAGCAAUCGGUGAUAUAAACAUUACAGUAUACAAGGACCUCUUUUCUCAGAGAUCUUAGCCAAUAAACGACAAGUUAGAUAGCAGCAUCUCUCCAAACGCUUGGUAUCCGUUUAAUAUGUAUUCGAACAUAGAAAACAGUCAGGCUUAUGAAACUUCAAAUCAAGUGCUACUCAGUCAAAACUAGCACCAUCAAGCUAAAAAUAACAAAAUUCUCUAGGACUCUUCAAGAUUGUUUAAUAACUAAAGCUAUCUUACAUCCCAUUAAAUAAGUCAAAUGCAGCCAAUAUCAAAUGAGACUCAAGAUAGAUCUUAAAAAGAGCUACCUACUACCCUAUCUAUAUAGCAUGCUCAUCUAAUAUAAAAGAAUAAUCAAAUCAUAUCCAAUAAAGACCAGCAUAUUAGUUCGAAAGGCAGUCAGAGAAGCAUAAUGGUCAAUAAAAAGCACUCAGCAAAAACGGAUGGAGCGAUGUUUGAUCUAGCUUAAUAUAAGAAUAAAGUCUUUCAUUCACUGAGUCAAGCUAUAACAACUAAUGAAGAACAGAAAUAUGAUUUAGUAGAGUCUUUGAAUUAAAUACCUUAACCAGUCUAGUGCUUAGAGGAAUCUUAGAAACAGUUGAUUAAGCAAAAUAAUGAUGAAUAGAUAUCUCAAGCCUAUAGAUUUUCACAACUUCCUAAUACAUAUAUGGUUAACUCUGGAGAUAACUAGGCAAGCUCUUUCAAAUAUCAAACUAGACAGAAUAAGUAGAACUCAUGUUAAAACACUAAGGCAAAUUUAAAUAAAAGUUUGGUAGAUGCCAGGAAAAAUAGAAGUCAAAAGAGUUUUCAGUUUAAUAAAUCUGCUGGAACUGGCAACGGGCUUGAAAAAUAGCUGAGAUCUUGGCUUUACGGGCAUUACCAUAUUCAGCUCUAAAACUAAAUUAAAUAGCAGAGAGACAUUCCAGCUUAUGGAGAGAUAGGAGGCAUGCUAAACAGACCUGCUCCUAUUCAGCACAUACAUUCGCAGUACUAAUUUCAAUCAAAACUGAAACAUGAUACCUCAGAACUGGACUAAUUGAAUCAAAGUCAAUACUUCAAGAUUAGAAACCUCAAUAACUUAGACGAAGGUGGCAGCAAUUAACUCAUUAGCUAGAAAGACAAAUUUAAGAUUGAGGAAAUGCGAAGAAAGAGCAAUGUUGACCAAAGAUAGCCAUUCCUGAUUAAUUUGACGACUUCCCCUCCACAGGGUAAGAUAUAAAACUAUGCUUCGAGAGAGGACUAGCAAAAUAUGUCUGCUAAUAUGGUAUCGAUAUCUAGUGACAAUCUAAACAAAAUCAACUAAAGGCUAUCUAAAGAAAAUGAUAUGAUUCAGACUCUGGAUGGGAAUCUGUAUCUCUAGAAUGGAUUCUAGAUCUUUGACAAUUCACAACUAGGCGCAAGCAGUAUCACUCCUACAAUACAUGUUAACUUUAAUCAGUCUGCUGAGAAGCUCUAGACCUAUUAAAUUUACGCAAAGGAGCAGAAUUUAGAGAGCCAUCAAAAUAUCAUUAAGUUGAAUAAUCAAAAUCAAGUAGUCACCAACAUAUCUCCUGAAAAGCCUGUUAAUCUCCAAAGAGAUAUCUUGAAUUAAGCAACUAAGUAGCAAUAGUGGCAGUCACCUUAUUAAAAGCACAAGAUAAGUACCAGACGAAUAAAUAUAGCAUAAUUAAACGAUAACAGUCUGUAAUUGAUUAGUAGCAGAGGUUCUAAUGAAUAAAAUACCAAUGAGACUACAGCAAUUGCCGAUCAUCAGGCCAUGAUUUAAUAAACAAUCAGAGCUAAUUGCUAAAAAAUGAAUCUGAAGAAGAAAAUCUACAAGUCUCAAAUGAUCAAAAUGCAAAUUAAAGCAGAGAAAAAUGAGCCUGAGAAAGGUACGAAUUAACUCAUGAGUUAUGUCAAGUAUGAUACUAAUAGUAAACAUACUGAGCAUGAAGAUAAAUCUCUUCAAAUGACCUAAUCCCCAAUCAAGUCGUAUAGCAUCGUCAAAGUAGGGCUACCAGAGCAAUAGAAGAACGCUACUCAAAACAAUAGCAAUGUUAACAAUUUCAAUCCGAUUCCAUUGGCUUAAAAGAUUUACCUGGGAUCAGCUGAUAAGGCAGAUCGAAAGGCUUACUCAAGUCUGUCAAAUUCUAGAGCUCCUAGCUAAAACUAAUUCUAACAGCAUCAGCAUUUUGCAAGUAUACUUCCGCUAAUGGAUAAGCUAGAUAUAAAUAUAUCUAUUCAGGAUGAUGAUGAUAAUGAGAGAACUGAUUAGCAGUUUAUGACACAUAACAUUGAUGUCUAGCCUGAAAGAAGUAACACCGCAAUGAGUGAUUUGAGUAUUUUAGUUCCUAUCAAUCAAAGACCCAGCAGAAGUAUUUUGAGUUCAGACAAGAAGUAAAAGACUAAUGCAUCUAUAAAAAAGAAUCGAUUGUCAUUAAAUGCAACUCAACAGAUGAUGCCCCCUAAACCACCUUCCAGAAAAGAAACUAAUCGAAUUGAUAAUGAAGCAAUUUAAAUUGCUUAGCAGGAACAUAUUUAAGCUUUAAGAGCAAAAAUAGCUGAUUUAUAAUCAAAGAAAGGCACUGAGCUUAAGAAUGGUAUAUAGAAAGAUGAACAUUUUUACUCGAAUUUGACUGACCUUACCAAUUAAGAACUCAAAACUUACUUAAUUAAUUAAAUAUAUGACAUCAGAGAGACAAGAAAGUCAUUCUUUGAAUCAUCACAAAAAAUAAAGUAGCUCUUACACGAUCUGUAGACUGGGAAGGAUUACUCCUAACUUAGAGAGAAGUUGGUUAAUAUGAUUGAAAGCCGAUACACCUAGAUGAAUUUUGAACUGCUCUAUAUAGAAACAAAGAGAGAUCUAGAGAGGCUAAAUCUUUAAUAAGCACAUCUUAAGCACAAAACUGAACAGCUUCAGCAAUUGGCUUUUGGGAAUGCCAACAUGUCUAAAGAAUACAAGUUAAAGCUUCAAAGAUAAACAGAUAUAAACUCAAAGCAGCAGAAGACUAUUCUGACUUAGAACAAGAUAAACUCAGAGAAGUCCUUGAAAGUAGAGUCUUUAUUACAAUCAGUAUUUACUCUAACGUAGGAGGAGGAAGUACUUAAAACAUCGAAAUUCAAGGAGGAAAUCGUACUUAAAAGAACGAUCAACUUUUUACUGAGAGAAAACUUUGAGUUAAAGAAACACUGCAGAAUCAAGGAUAGCUUUCUAGAGUCAGCUUAAAGCGAAAUCAAUAGACUGAAGACUAAAGUCAAUAGACUCAUGUUAAAGAUAGAGGAGGAUAAUAAUAUAAAUAGAAAUGUCAACAAUAAUGUUGGUAGCAACAUUGCAAAUAGUUCACAUACUCAAAGUGGCUUUAAAAAAAAGUUUGGAAAUACUAUUGGAGGGGGCUAGAAAUUUGUUAACGUGUAAAGUGCUGCAUCUCGUAUCCAAAAUGAUAUUGCUCACAUUUUAUAAUCAUAAAAGAUUUUUAUUGAUGGCUAAGUUUAAUCUAACUUGAGAGCGCCCUCGCCAGGUUAAAUAAUUGGCAAUUCUCCUAAAGGCAACAAUAUGUUGAACAACUAACUCCUCUUGGGCUAGAAUUCCUCUCACAAAUCUAAUUAAAAUAGUGCUGGAAGUAUGUUUGAUUUUGAGAUAUUAUCAACUGGAAAUGCUUUUCAUGGGACAAUUGAAGCUGCGGCUGGAGACAUUUAAAAGCCUACAUCUAGACUACUCUCUCAUUUUUAGGAUGACGAUUUAAAUGGGGCAAGGGUUUUAUCAAGGAUGAUUAUUGAUAACUUUGAUUUGGAUUACAGAAUAAAACUUAUGAUGGAUAAUAGGGAACAAGAUAUGAAUGAAGAGUUAGUUGAUGGUUCUAAGUAAAAGUUUAUUGAAGUUACAAUGAGCUGUCAGCCACUGAUUCACAAAGAAAGAGUUGAUUUCCUUGCUAAGAAUUAUCUCUCAUUCAAAAGACUGGGAGAGCGAUUAAAUAGUAUUGUGAAAAUUAUUCUUUAAAACUUGAAGAAUGUUAGCAUCUAUAAAUUCAUUACUAGGAUUCGAGAAGAGUUACCUAAUAUUUUGCAAUGCCAAAGAUGCACACUUUGGGCUAAGGAUCCAACAUUGAAUGAGUUAUACACCUAUAUUGACAAUAAUAAAGAAAUUAGAAUGGGUAGCGUAGAUGAUAUAGUAGGCUAUGUGCUAAAUAAUUAAUAGGAUUUGAUAACUGCAGAUCUCUAGAAAUACAUUCAAUACUAUCAAACUAUUUCCUCCUUCUCCGUUGAAGAAAAAUUUUUUGGAAAUACUGCAAGAAAAAGCGCAAUAUUGUUACCGGUUAAAGACUAUGAUACAGGAAUGCCUUUGGGAGUUCUUGAGAUUGUAAACUCUAACAGUGGUCUGUUUGAUCUUGAUUGUUAAUAUAUGGCAUUUAUGAUAUCAGAUUUUGCAGGUUUUGUCAUAAAUUCACUGAACAAUGAGAUAAGACGAAGGAAAGCUGAGCAUUCUAGGACAUUGCUAAAUCAAUAUGCUGUAAAGAUUUUCAGUCAAAAUAAACUGAGUGACCUGAAUAAGAUAUCAUGUGAAGCAAUCAAAGAAAUGCUCUCAACAGACAAGGUUAAAUUUAGCUUUAUUUAAGAGAGCUUAGUAGAACUUAAUGACUAUGAAAUCAUUGCUUUCUCUUAAAAUUAUGACCAAAAUAACAUAGAUGAGGAAAAAUAUAUGCCAGAAAAGAAAGACUAGACUUAUACAAAGUUUAGAACUAAAAAUUACUUCGGAAUAAUGGGAAAUGUUAUGCAAACAUAAUAGCCUACAAUUAUAUGGAAUCCUAAAAAUGACGAUAGAUACAAUGAGCUCAUUGAUAUGAAAACUGAAAACCCAAUGUACUGUUUCCCUAUGCUUGACUCAAAUAAAGUUACGUCAGAGAGAAGAGUUGUAGGCUGCGUAUAAUUUGAAAAUUUAUAACUUAGAUUAUUGAAAGGAACUUAGACAAUCCAAUAAUAGCAAAAUUCUACAAAUUCAUCUUUGUUAAUCGAUGAGCAUAUGAAAGCAUUAAUGAAAGAAUUCAGUUCUUAUAUAGCUGAAGUAUUAAAGAUUAUUAGAAAUCAAAAACUUCUCAAAAAGUUCAAGAGUUUCAUUCUAAAAGCCUAGGAACAUGAACAUGAUCAUGAGCAUGAUAAUAUGCUAACAAACGGAGGACUUUCAAAUUAAGUAUCAAGACAAGAGUCUAACGCUAGUUAUGCAUCUCCAUCAAAAGAGGAAGAGGAACUCAAUUUUAGAAUAAGAAAUUAAGCUAAGAUAUAAGAAAUCAAAAUUGACACCUCCAAAGUUAAUAAGCAAUUCAAUAUUAAUAUCCAUAAAGAGGUAAUGAUGAGUGCAAGACUAAUGGAUAAGAAAGAUGCAGGUGAUUCAUCCAAUAAGCAUUCGAAUGCUCCUAUGCCUCUAUAAAUGCAACUAGCCCCACAGAAUUAAUUAACAAUCAAGAAAAAUGUUGGCUUCUCAUUAUUGAAAUAAAUGACAAAAGUUAGUUAGUAAAAGACUAAGGAACAAACUGGGAUGCAUGCAUAUGAAAGGAAAUCAUCAGCAGUAAAAAAGCAAAUAUCACCAGAUAGAACUUCACAAAGAUCAAACAUGCGGAUGAAUGAAAACAUGCUAAAGAAAUCACCCUAGACUUAGAAGAACAUAUUCACAGUUGUAGAUGCUCGUACCAGAAAUUAGGUUGAAGAAAUAAUGAGGCAAACUCAGAAUAGUGCCUUUGAAAGCGAAUCAAUUCAAGAUACAGAUGAAAUUAUGAGCUUUCAAAGACUCCCAGACAGCAACAGAAAAGUUAAAAUUGUUGAUGAAAACUCUAGAAUGAUGACAUCAACUGAUUUGAUAAUUGAUAAUAUCUGA